AUGGACCUCGAAGACCCGAAUGAAAUUGGCAAGUUUAUCUUCGGAAUUCUUGCAUCAGGUCUUGAGCUCAUUCCCGGAUAUGGCGACGCCCUAGCCGCUGUUCUCAACCUCUUCUCUUCCCUCAUCUUCCAGCCAAAAUCGGCCGCAGACAUUUGGGAGAAGUUAUUCAGACGCAUCGAACAGAUGAUCGAUUCCAAGAUAGAGGAGUAUCAUUUGGAGACUCUCAAAGAAAAGUUGGCAGGCCUUGACACCGCCAUUGGUGAUUUCUCUACCAUGGUCAAGAAGCAUGAUGAGGGUAAAGACGUAACCACUUUGCUUCUCGGGUCCUUUGCAUCGCUGCAUCAGACGAUGAUUAUUUCCAUGAGCGAGUUUACAUCUCCCAAAUACGGUGUGGCGUCGCUGCCAUGGUUCGCUCUCGCAGCGACAAUGCACCUCAAGCUAUUGGGCGACGGCAUCCAGCAUGGUCAAAAAUGGGGCUUUUCUGCUGACGAAGUCGAGAUUCUACAGGAGACUUUUGAUAAGCUCACGACAGAAACUGCGGCCGUCUCACAUGCGGAAAUUGCGUCGCGUCACAAGCUAUUUCUAGAGAAUCUCAUGCUAGACGACUCCAAAAUGACUGUGCACACGUACCUUUCUGCGAUGGAUGAUGUGACUCAUGCGAUUCCUGCCAUUGAAAGCUCGAGCUAUGUCACAUACGCCAAGGCGACUUACCAGGCAGGACGUGUCAAUGUUAGGCCCGAAUGGGAGGGCUUAUCACGCUACGACACUGGAGCCGACACAGGUGCCAAUUUCAGGGCCAAGAUGCAGUACGAUGCGGAUAUGACUAUCCACGUCCUUAACUACGCCGACUUUUGGCCUUACCUGACAGGAAAGCCUCUUACGGAGGAAGCUCUGACAAAUCUAGACCGCGAGAUCUUUGCGGGUCGCGGCCGCUAUGAACCUUGGGGGAGCGGGCCCUUUCCCCCAGUCAAACGGGGAAAGAAUGAGCAGAUCACAGCUGUUUACGUAGGCGGGAUCACCAAUGUUGAGCUCCUGCAGAUCAAGUACGGUGAUACCUGGGGAGCGGCGUAUGGAUCUACCGCGGUAGAUCCAGCCAGCACAACAAACUUGGACACCAAGGCAGGAGAGUAUCUCUAUUGGCUCGAUGUUUGGUUCGGCCAGAAGCUGGGUUGCGCCCAGUUUUGGUUGAACAAUGGAAAGAAACUCCGAGAGGUGGGAAGGAGUGGAAACACUAAGGGGGAGUUAUGGUUCGCGGAUCACCAGGUCACUAGUGUUUACGGGGUCAACUACGAAAUCCAUCCACCAUCAGGUUUGGAGGGCAUCAUUGUUGGAUUCAGGCCGCUCUUUUUGAAAUGGGAUGAAGAUUGA